AUGACCGACUCGUUGGGUAUCCUCGGAUCAGCCAGAGUACAGGGGUGCGGAGAGGAGAUCCGUCGUUUAGUUAUAUGGGUGUUGGAAAUGGUUGGGAAUUCGAAGUGGGGAGGUAGUAAGCAAAACAAGCCUAACUGUAGAACACCACCAUUGCACAGUCCGCUCGUCGCUAGCCGUUCAACAGUUGCACUUUUUCAACGCGCAAACGCGAUUCAAGCUCUCGAGAGUAUCGAUUAAUUUGCUGUAAUUUUUUCGUCAAACUUUUGAGAAUUGUUUUCAUCCUGAUUCGGGAGAAUUUUUGAAAUGGAAUUACUUCGACCGGAUCUGCCCUCCAGAUGCACGUGGCAACCAAAUGCGAAAAAUACUCCUCAUUCGCACAGACCGCCUGUCGAUAAUCGGAAAGGAAUACUCCCUCAUGUCUUGGAUGCUAUAGGUCAAACUCCUCUAGUGCGAUUGACCAACCUACCCAAAUCGUUGGAUAUUAAAUGUGAAAUUCUGGCAAAAUGUGAAUUUUUGAAUCCUGGUGGCUCUGUGAAAGAUCGAAUCGCGUAUAGAAUGAUCCAAGAUGCAGAAGAUAAGGGAAUACUGAAACCAGGGUACACCAUCAUUGAACCAACAAGUGGUAACACGGGUAUUGGUUUGGCGAUGGCAGCUGCUGUUAAAGGAUACCGUUGCAUCAUUGUGAUGCCUGAAAAGAUGUCAAAUGAAAAAGUUGAUACUCUACACGCACUUGGGGCCGAAAUCGUCAGAACACCAACAGAGGCUGCAUGGGAUAGCCCCGAAGGGCACAUCACAGUUUCACAAAUAUUACAAAAGAAAAUACCGAACAGUGUAAUUUUAGAUCAGUAUACCAAUCCCGGAAAUCCGCUGGCACAUUAUGAUCAAACGGGCCAAGAAAUUUGGGAACAAUGUGGUGGAAAAAUUGAUUAUCUGGUCGCUGGAUCAGGCACGGGUGGCACAAUAACUGGUAUAAGUCGUAAAUUCAAAGAACUUUCACCAGAAACCAAAAUCGUAGCUGUAGAUCCGGAGGGAAGUAUUCUUGCAGAACCUGAGGAGAUAAAUAAAAGUGAUGUCACAUUCUACGAAGUGGAGGGAAUCGGAUAUGACUUUACACCCACAGUUCUGGAUCGCAAUUUAAUAGAUAUAUGGGUAAAAACCAAUGACAAAGAAUCAUUGAACUGCGCUCGUUCAUUGAUCCGUCAGGAAGGAUUAUUGUGUGGUGGUAGCAGCGGGGCUGCAAUGUCGACUGCUUUGAAAUUAGCCAAGGAUCUCCCAGCUGAUAAACGAGUUGUCGUAAUUUUGCCUGAUGGGAUUCGUAACUACAUGACCAAAUUCGUAUCCGAUCACUGGAUGGAAGCUAGGGGUUUUACGGAUCCCCCUGCUCCUGUGGAGGCAAAUAAAUGGUGGUGGAACACAGAAAUCUCAAGCCUGCAUCUACAGACACCCUCUACUCUUACUGUAGAUACCACGUGUCAAGAGGCCAUCACAAUCUUACAGAAAAAUGGCCUGGAGCAAAUUCCUAUAGUAGAAAAUGAUGGGACUGUCUUGGGCGUUAUAACUUCAAGUCGUCUCACCAGUGACAUUAUUUCGGGAAAAGUUAGCUGCACGGAUGCCGCGGUAAAAGUAGUCAUAAAACAGUUCAGAAGGCUCAGGUCUUCAGAUACUCUAGGAAGAGUGUCUCGAAUUCUGGAGAAAGAAGGAUUUGUUGUUGUCAUUGAUGAGAAACCGGCUGCACAUUUAGUGGGUAUCGUCACUCGGAUGGACCUUUUGAAUUACGUUACUAAGCCGCACAGUAAUGGCAAUGCUUGAAUAUUAUAAAUUCAGCGCCUUUUUUCAACAAACGGUUUGAUGAGUGGCUUCUCUCACAUUUUCUUUCAUAUUUCAAUUGAUGAUGCAUAUUAGUCUCAACAAAUAAUUAAUUAUAUUCAAUGAUUUUUACAACUUACAAAUUAGCUAUUUUUAUGCAUCUAUUGUGCAAUAUUACAUUGUUGAACAUAAAACACUAGACUGAUUAUAAACGCAAUUCUGUGUAUGCGUUUUUGCCAUGAAGGGUGAUGAAUAUGAAUCGAUGUUUGCAAUGCUAUACAAUAAAGUGAUAUCUCACAGGAA